AUAAUUUUUAUAAGGAAUACUGAUGGGAGGGAGUUUUUCUUCCAAACCCACAACAGAUUCGAAAGAGACAACCGAAAAAGAUGCCAGAACACACAACUAUAUUGUAGGUCUUCUAAACAGAGAAGAUGAAAAUGAUUCUGACGAACCAGAAACAUCAGAAGAGGAUUUUCCAAUAUCUUUGGACCUUAGAGAUUUUGAGGACCCGUUUCCUUUUGAAAAUCUUGUGUUUGAGGGAGGCGGAGCUAAAGGCGUGGCUUAUCCAGGGGCUAUCCAGGCCUUGGAAGAACUAGGGCUGAUAAAGCAAAUUAAACGCUUUGCUGGAACAAGUGUUGGUUCAAUGACUGCUUGCAUGGUAGCCCUUGGAUACAAUUCCACGAAAAUAAAAGAAGUUUUGGAGAAAGAUUUCAGAACGUUCUAUGAUGCAAGAUUAGGACGAUUAAGUCUUAUACCAAAUAUGUUGUUCCAUCUGGGAUGGCAGCCAAUGAACACAUUAUAUGAAUUUUUUGGAGAUCUUGUUGCGGAAAAGCUUGGGAAUAAAGAUGCUACCUUUAAAGAUUUGUACACAAAAACUGGGAAGGAGCUUUGUAUCGUGGUAAUGAAUGUAAACAAUAUGGAGGAAGAGUACUUCCACCUUAAAACAACUCCCAAUGUUCCUCUCAGAAUGGCUAUGCGCAUGUCAGCCAGCUUGCCAGGAUUGAUGCAACCCGUUCAAUAUGUAAUAUCCGGCCAAAAAAAUCUCUAUAUAGACGGAGGAGUUCUGGUUAACUAUCCCAUUUCGUGUUUUGAUGGGUGGUGGUUAUCAAUGAAGAAAGAAGAUACAUUUUUCAAAAGGUUACAACCUAUGGAGAAAGUUCAUUAUAUUAUGGAUAAAAGACAGAGGUUUGCUCGGGAUGAAUUGACAGCCUCAAAAACUUUGGGUUUUGUAUUGUAUAGUGAUAAUGAACAGCAGAGCUUCAGAGACGUGUACGAGAGUAGAGAAAACAGACGAGUAGUGUACCCCGAUACAAAAAUGGGCAGACAAGCUGCACAAAGAAUGAAAAAAGAAAUGAAGCUGAGAAAAGAACACGUGCUUGUAAAAGACGCCAUUAAUAAAUUUUUAGAGCUUUCAUCGAAAUUUGACGAGAACAGCGAUGAGACUAUAAGUAAGGAUGAGCUGGCAGCUAUCUUAAAUGACAAAAGUUUCACUGAAAGUGAAAAAGAACACCUUUUUGGAAAAGGUGUCACUGUGGAGGAUGUUCUUAAUCGCUUGGAUAAAGAUGGAAAUGGCAAGUUGAAUUUUCGUGAAGUCGUCAUGUUCAUUGAGGAAAAUGGAUUUUCAAUAGUAAAUUGCAGCCACGGGUUUAAAAGAGAGGAAGUGACGACAUUGCUGACUCUUGUUCAGGCAAUUUAUACAGGACUAUCUUGUAACGUCACGCAAGUGGGAAUCAGUUCAGCAGAUGUGUCUAGAACAGUUGGCAUCAAUACUCAUUAUGUAGGGACAACGGUCUUUGACUACGAAAAGGAAGAUGUGGACUUUCUUAACAAGGAAUCCUAUAGAUCUACCAUGACAUUCUUGAAACAUUUUGCUGAAACAAAGAUGAAGUCUCGGAGGGAAAAAGAAGAACAGUAAAAUGCAUUUACCUGUGUAUUACAUUGUCUUUUAAAAA